GGAAAACGCUCACCUCUCCGGUCCUCAUCCGUGUUAAGUACCGUCUGUCCGGGACGCCACGAAGAUGGCACCAGUUGGGGGCAAAAAGGCCAAAAAGGGCAUCCUAGAACGGUUAAACUCUGGAGAGGUCGUGAUUGGAGAUGGAGGUUUUGUCUUUGCACUGGAGAAGAGGGGCUAUGUGAAGGCAGGGCCCUGGACCCCAGAAGCUGCUGUGGAACACCCAGAAGCAGUUCGCCAGCUUCAUCGAGAAUUCCUCAGAGCUGGAUCGAAUGUCAUGCAGACCUUCACCUUCUACGCCAGUGAAGACAAGCUGGAGAACAGGGGAAACUAUGUUGCAGAGAAAAUAUCCGGGCAGAAAGUCAAUGAAGCUGCUUGUGAUAUUGCCCGGCAAGUGGCUGAUGAGGGAGACGCCUUGGUGGCAGGAGGCGUGAGCCAGACACCUUCGUACCUUAGCUGCAAGAGAGAAACUGAAGUCAAAAAAGUCUUCCAGCAACAGUUAGAGGUCUUCAUGAGGAAGAAUGUGGACUUUUUGAUCGCAGAGUAUUUUGAACACGUUGAAGAGGCUGUAUGGGCAGUUGAAGCCUUGAAAGCAUCUGGGAAACCGGUGGCAGCGACCAUGUGCAUCGGCCCAGAGGGAGAUUUGCACGGCGUGGCCCCUGGCGAGUGUGCAGUGCGUCUGGUUAAAGCAGGAGCUUCCAUCGUUGGCGUGAACUGCCAUUUUGAUCUCACAACUAGCUUACAAACAGUGAAGCUCAUGAAAGAAGGCUUGGAGGCCGUGGGACUGAAAGCCCACCUGAUGAGUCAGCCCUUGGCCUACCACACUCCCGACUGCGGCAAACAGGGAUUUAUCGACCUGCCAGAAUUCCCCUUUGGACUGGAGCCCAGAGUUGCAACCAGAUGGGAUAUUCAAAAAUACGCCAGAGAGGCCUACAACCUUGGGGUCAGGUACAUAGGUGGGUGCUGUGGAUUUGAGCCCUACCACAUCAGGGCGAUUGCAGAGGAGCUGGCCCCGGAACGGGGAUUUUUGCCACCAGCUUCAGAAAAACAUGGCAGCUGGGGAAGUGGUUUGGACAUGCACACCAAACCCUGGAUUAGAGCAAGGGCCAGGAAGGAAUACUGGGAGAAUCUUCGGAUAGCCUCAGGCAGGCCGUACAACCCUUCUAUGUCAAAGCCGGAUGCCUGGGGAGUGACCAAAGGAACAGCCGAGCUUAUGCAGCAGAAAGAAGCCACGACCGAGCAGCAGCUGAGAGAGCUCUUUGAAAAACAGAAGUUCAGAUCUGCAUAAUGGCCUCAGCGGAACCCAUUUUCAGUGACUUCCUCUAUGUUUUGGAAGUCUAUGUUUGGGCCACAGUUCCAAAAAUAAGGAAAAGAUGGUUAAAAGGCAAUGCUUAUAUGAACCCCAGCCUACAGGUAAAGACUGAUAUUAGCUGAACAAAACAAUUACAAAUAGUACUUGACAAUAUAAAAAAGUAUAUAUUUAGAACUUGAAAGCAAAAUAAAUAAGAAGCAAAUAUUAAACAGGUUUACUAAGCACCCACCACGUACACGGUAUUAAGGAAAUCACUGUGGCCAAGGAAAAGUAAUUUGGACAUUAGUCCCACUUCAAGAAGUUUGCAGGCUAGUAAGGAGGAUGAGAUGUGAGCUGUCAUAAAUGGCUCAGCAACCAGACGGGGACAGAGUGCUAUAGGAAAGUGACUUCCAAGCUCUUCUGAAGAUGACCCUUCAUAAGAAACACAAUUUAUAUUGAUAUAAUGACCCAGUAAAGUACAUGUACAACCACUGAAA